AGAGAGAGAGAGAGAGAGAGAUGUCCAGGCCCUACCACAAUCCCAUAGACUCAUAGCACCAACACCAGGACAACAACUCUUUUGACUGUAGAAACAGCACUCGAGUCUUGAAGUCCAACAGAGACUAAACCAAAAAGGCUUCCAUUUUAUUGCUACUGCAAAGAUUUCUGCUUCUACCGGCUUCCAGAUUUGUAUUGGGUUUCUAAGAGUGGAAAGUUUUGGAGAUUCCAUCAUGUUCAGGCAGUCUCCUAGCAGAAACCAGAGGUCCAAAGGUGGUAUCAAGGCCAAGAAUGUCCUGCAAAUUUGUUUGCUGCUUGCUGUUUGCUUUUGGUUAAUUUACCAAGUCAAGCAUUCCCACGAUAAGAAGAAAGAAUUGGAUGAAGAGGGUGCAAAGAUUUCGCUUAGAUUAAAAAGUGAUGAAAUUUUAAAAUUUGGAAGGAAAGAUCUCCAUCCUCGUUUGGAGGAAACAACUAUAAAAAAUGAGAGGCGCGACGAAGAAGAAGUCGAGGAAGAAGAAACUGGAGGAGAAGAAGAGAACAAACAUGAAGAAGAAGUUCGAGAAGAAGAUAGCAAGGCUGAAGAGAAAGAAGAUGAAGGGAGAGGAGGUGAAGAUGAAGGGAGAGGAGGUGGAGAUGAUGAGAUAGAUGAACAUGAUCAAGAGAAAUCCGAUGUGGAGCUUGAUGGUGAAGAAGAUUUCAUGGAUGAAGAGAAGGAGGGAGAAGAGGGUGAUGAGAAGGAAAGUGAAGAGAUAGAUGCAGAAGAUAAAGAAGAUGAAAUUGAGAAUGGAAGUUCCUCGGUUCAUGAUCCUGAUGGAGGUGGAAGGAAUACUCACGAGGCACGAGAGGAACAUUAUAAGGCAGAUGAUGCUUCUAGUGCUGUUACCCAUGAUACCCAAACUGUAAGCACUGAAAAUGAAGAAGUAAGUUUGGAAAACUCAAAAGAGAACACAAUUCCAGAACAGGAAAUUGAAGUCACUAAAACUAAGGACAUCGGUAUUGGACAGAACUCCACUGGGCUGAAGAUUGGGGACAGAGAAAUGACUGAAAAUGGCACUCCUCUAGAUGCAACAGCUAGCAAAGAAAAGGGUCUUGAGAUCGUUCCAUCUAGAUCUGAGUAUAGCUUGCCUGUGAAUUCUACUAUGACAGCAGAGUCAUCCGACAAUCAACCAGAAAUAAGGGACAACUCAACAGAAGUUAGUACAGAAAAUCAUGGUUUAUCACUGAAUGGAACAGAGACCACAUCAGAUUCAACUCAAGCUCAAAAUACCACAAUAGGGUACACAACUUCAGUAGAAGGUUCUCACACACAAAUCAUUUCCAAGGAACAGGCCAAUAACUCCAACACAACCUUCGAUGAGAAACAUUCUGAUUCUAAUUCAACGCUUCUCACAAAUACUGAGAAUCCUGGAUCAUCCACAGUAAACUCAACAAAUUCCUCUACUAAUUUAGAGUCUGUAAUACCAGAAACGGUCAUAAGGUCUAAUGCAUCAGCUGAAACAGAGGAUGGCUCCGGAACUUCAAUAACAGAUGCAGGUCAGAAUGAGAAGCCGGACACCAGUAAUAAAAAUGAUGGAACAAAUGAAAGCUCCAAAACUGAGGAUGAAGACAAGGUUCAACGUGAUCCGAUUGACUCAUCUGAUUCUUCCAUCAUCUCAAGGGAUAAAGAAAUUAGGAUCGAAGGAAGUAGCAGCGAAGAUGUUGCUGCGGAAUGAUAUUCCUGAUUAAAUGCUGUUGGGUUAGCUUUUCCAAUUUCCUCUUGUAAUAUACAUAUUUUCUUUUUUUGUAUGUCUACUACAAAUAUAUCAAGCUCCUAGUUUUUUCCUGCUUGAUUGUGUCAAAAUGUUGAUCAAUAUCUAGAGAAUAUCGGUUCAACUUUGCAGGCAAAAUGAAUAGAUAUAUAUUAUUGAAGUUUGUAAUGUUUAUAAUUA